UCCGGUUCCUUCGCUGUGGAAGAGAAACUUUGAUUUGACGCAGUAACGUAUGGGCUGUCAGUGCCAGUUGGGGGGGAGGUAAACAAGAUGGCGACAACCUGAGCGGUGAGAGUAACACGAAGAGUCAGAGGAUUUCACUGUUAUCCCGUCAGACCUCAGAGAAACACUCACUCCUCAGCGCACCGGCACGAACAGAGGGAUUCAAACCUGCAGCGGAAAACCGACAUUCAUGCGGAUCUAGGCACCAGGCUGAAGGAACAGUGGUGGCAUGGAGGACACCUGAGGACAGGUGGACACAUUGGAUGGCUCAGUCGCCCUCCAGGAGCCAGGCUGUUGCCGCUGCAUGCGUUUGGCCGUAGAUCUGUGCUUGGAUCCAGUCCAGUUGUGCACACGUGUGUGUCCAGAGGAGAACUAUUCUAUGCAGCAUGAAGUUUCCACAGAAAUGCUGCGUGGCCUUGAAGCAGGGCUUGGCUAGAAGGUAUUAAAUUCAUAUUGAGGUGUCUGGAGCAGAGAAGAAUUACAUAUUAGAAUCACAAUUUUGUCUCAACAGAAGUUCUCACAGAUGUAGUACCUAAUGCAAAGUAUAAAACACUAACUUGGUACAGGACCCAACAGGUUGUUCAUCUUUACCUGCACCUCCCAGCCCUAAUGUUUACAAAUUGGGAUUGAUCCCCCACCUCCUCCCUCAACUCUCAGACGGGAUUACUCCCUCUUUCAUGUUUAGUAUUUUAUAAUUCCUCAGUAUUGCAUCUUGUGGAAUUAAAAAAAACUCAGAACGGAAAAGUUACCAGUGGAUUUCUCUCCAGCAGCAGUCAUAGCUGUUGGCUGUCGAACUGUCAGUCAUGAGUACCGGGGAGCUGCAUCAUCUUGACUAUCUAAAUGAAAAUGAACUGAUGGAAAUGGAUACUUUCAUUCACCGCAUUGACUCUACAGAGGUGAUCUACCAGCCACGGAGGAAGAGGGCAAAGCUGAUAGGAAAGUACUUGAUGGGGGAUCUUCUAGGGGAGGGAUCUUAUGGCAAAGUGAAAGAGAUGCUGGACUCAGAGACACUUUGUCGCAGGGCUGUAAAGAUACUGAAGAAGAAGAAGCUGAGGAGGAUCCCUAAUGGAGAAGCUAAUGUGAAAAAGGAGAUUCAGCUGCUAAGAAGACUCCAACACAAGAAUGUGAUUCAGUUGGUGGAUGUCCUCUACAAUGAAGAGAAGCAGAAAAUGUAUAUGGUGAUGGAGUAUUGCGUGUGUGGGAUGCAAGAAAUGCUGGACAGCGUCCCAGAGAAAAGGUUUCCAGUAUUUCAAGCUCACGGGUACUUUUGCCAACUUUUAGAUGGCCUUGAAUAUUUGCACAGCCAGGGAAUAGUUCACAAAGAUAUUAAACCAGGGAAUCUGCUGCUGACCACAGACGGGGCACUUAAAAUCUCCGACCUGGGAGUAGCAGAGGCCCUUCACCCAUUUGCUGAGGAUGAUACAUGUCGCACUAGUCAGGGCUCUCCGGCUUUCCAGCCUCCAGAGAUUGCCAACGGACUGGACACCUUUUCAGGGUUUAAAGUAGACAUUUGGUCUGCUGGUGUAACACUAUACAACAUUACAACGAGUCUGUAUCCAUUUGAGGGGGACAACAUCUAUAAGCUAUUUGAGAACAUUGGAAAAGGAGACUACACUAUUCCUGAGGAGUGUGGACCGCUCCUGUCAGACCUGCUGCAAGGGAUGCUCGAGUACGACCCUGGGAAGAGGUUUUCCAUACAGAACAUUAGGCAACACAACUGGGUGCGUAAGAAACACCCUCCGUCUGAGCCCCCUGUGCCCAUCCCUGCCAGCGCAGAGAGCAGGGACCCUUGGCGGAGUAUGACAGUGGUGCCCUACCUGGAGGACCUGCACGGCUACACAGAGGAGGACGAUGACGACCUCUAUGACGGAGAGGAUGAGAUCAUAUACACUCAGGACUUCACAGUGCCAGGACAAGUGACCGAGGAAUAUCGGGAUCAGGGGAACACAGAUCACAGUCCAGCUGUAGCCAAGCCAGUUUGUGUGAACGGGACAGAGGGGGGUUCCCUGAACAGCAAGGCCAAAGCCGAACGCCGCUCCUCUUCGUCAUCCAACCCCUCACGCAAAGGAGUCUCCACAGCCAGCAAGAUCCGCAAGCUCUCCACCUGCAAACAGCAAUGACCCCAUCCUCCCUCAGCAACAACCCACCUGGUUUACCUGUCCCCUUCCUGUGUCUGGAAACCUCACAGUUGGAAACCUGCUGACGUUAAUGUCCCCGUACCUCCUCGGACUGCUGUUCUCUUUUGAAGAUGUGGUAUGAGUGACAGGAAGAGGACAGCAUGAAAUGUUCUUUUUGCUCUGAGACUGAGACACUGGCUGUGAAAAUAGAUUUUUUUUUUCUCCCAUGUUUUGGCUCCUUUCAGCUCCUGUCAUCCGAUUACCCCCUACUCUCCAUCCCAUCAGCCAAGUGUUGCACCGGAUAUUACAAACCCCAUCACCCCCCUGUACCCCACCUCAACACCCCACCUUCUGUUCCUUUGACUACCUUUGUUUUUACAGAUCCCUAAUGGCAGUUUUUAAGACACAUUGUGAUGUGUAAAAUUAAAGCGAAAAAAAACCCUAAAGUUAUGAAUAAUUCUAUAUUUAAAUCUGUGAUGAGAAUAAUUAUGAUAGUACUCUACUACUACCAACAUAAAAACUGCAUGCUGUACAGAGCUGGAUGAAAGGGAAAGUGUUUGUGGAAAGGCUGACAGACUGAAGCCUUGAGAUCCACUGCUGACCUGUUGGGGGAUUU